AUGCCCUCUCCUCCCGCCGCUCGUGCUACCCACAGGCAUUUCCAUUGGGAUCACCCAUCUGAAGAAGAGUCUGGAGCCGAAAGUGAUGGAGAUUCAUAUUACCCAUCUGACGCAUCUGGCUCGCCCUUACACCGCCAUUCAGUUGGUCCAGCUUCCCCCCUGUUCCCCGGCACGUUGCCGCCGCCGCCCCGUCGUCGUAGGCGCCAAGACAUCAGCCUGCCAAUCCCCGUUCCCAACCUGACAAAGAAGUCCCGCGGACGCAAGGUCCCAGUCUCUUCAGGGGAACCCGUAUACGCGCGCAGCAAAGACAAGUCAAAGAAGGGUACCAGGACAUAUACCUGCCACGUUGACGGCUGCAGUAAGUGUUUUGUCAGAAGCGAGCACCUCAAAAGGCACAUCCGGUCCAUUCACACGAACGAUAAACCGUGGGUGUGCCCGGUUGGGGGAUGCGAAAGGGAGUUCAGCCGCCGUGACAACCUGAACCAGCAUAUGCGCAUUCACAAGAGUCCUUAA